GGCCAAUCAGCGCAGAGGGGGAGGGACUGUUUUUGCAAAGUCAAGGUUGGGAGGGAAUCGCGGGGCCGUUACGUCAGUUCCAGGCUGUCCAAGAUGGCGUCUUUGUUAUUGAGGUGACUUUUGCCUUGUGGGGGCAGUUAUAACGGGGGGUGACCGGGCUGCGGGGGGAGGCCAUGGCUGUACAUACAGAGCAAUGAUUUACCAAGUGUCCUGGGUGGGAGUUGGUGUCAGGGGCAAUGUCAGCCAUAGGGAACCAGACUGACUGUAUGGGGGCACCCCCCUGGCUAUGGCUGGCAUGGGCUCCCCUGGCUAUGGCUGGCAUGGGCACCCCCUGGCUAUGGCUGGCAUGGGCACCCCCCCUGGCUAUGGCUGGCUGGGCACCCCCUGGCUAUGGCUGGCAUGGGCACCCCUAUGGCUGGCAUGGGCACCCCUGGCUAUGGCUGGCAUGCCUCCCCGGCUGUGGCUGGCAUGGGCACCCCCUGGCUAUGGCUGGCAUGGGCACACCCCCCUGGCUGUGGCUGGCGUUGGCACUCCCCCCUGGCUGUGGCUGGCAUGGCCCCACCCUGGCUGUGGCUGGCAUGGCCCCCCCCGGCUGUGGCUGGCAUGGGCACCCCCCUGGCUAUGGUUGGCAUGGGCACCCCCUGGCUAUGGUUGGCAUGGGCACCCCCCUGGCUAUGGUUGGCAUGCCCCCCCCUGACUGUGGCUGGCAUGGGCACCCCUUGGCUAUGGCUGGCAUUGGCACUCCCCCCUGGCUAUGGCUGGCGUUGGCACUCCCCCCUGGCUAUGGCUGGCGUUGGCACCCCCACUGGCUAUGGCUGGCAUUGGCACCACCGGCUGGAGGUGGCAGGGGCAUAAUGGCAGAGACGGGUAGCACAGGAUAGGGAGAGGAGUAUAAUGGCAAGGAUAUGGGUAUUACAGGGUAGAGAAGGCUAAGAACAACUGAACGAAAGGAAGCUUUAGGAACACUCGUGAAGGGGUUAACCUAUGUGUAAAAGCGAUAAACAAACAGAGAAAUGAGUGACCUAACUACUAAAAUAGAACUUUUAAUUAUAAUAUUUUAAAUUUGUAGGGAUAAUUAUCCAAUAUUUUUAAGAAGAAAUGUAUAUUGAUAUUGAUAAGUAUGGUUUGAGUCCAUAUUUUAAUAAUCUGAUUGAUAGCUUGUCAAUCAGAAAAUAAGUAGUCCUAUUACAGGGUGUAUGUAUCACAUUCUUUUCUAACGAGAACUGCCCCAAGUCGUGUUUGUCGGCAGAGGUCAAAGGAAAGGAUAUAUACAGGGCAGAGAAUAUAUAUCGUGACUCUAAAACCUAAUACAAACGUUCAGUCUAAAUAAUAAGUACUUAAUUGGAAGGUUCUGUUCAAAAGUUUUCAGAAACCUAUUCCCAGAAAAGUGUGCAAAACAAAGUUUUGCAAUCCAUAGGGGCCAGAUUGAAUGGCUCUAGCUGUAAAAUAUGAUACAUAGAUAAUAGCAGUAUAUGGAAUGUAACCAGUCAGUAAUUGAAUACAAAAUAACAAUAUUUAAAUAGCUAGAGAUAGGAGUAAAUACUGGCUUCCCUCCUAGAACUGUAACUCUGGUAAAGUCAAGAAUAAAGUGUACAGAGUGAUGUAUAUAAACCAGAGCAGUAGAAUUAGGAUCAUCAAUUACUGAACGUUAAUAUAAAGGUAAGCACAAUAAAACUGCCUCUGUAGAAAAAGGAAAAGCCGUAAUUGCAGUGGGAGCAAUAGAAGGGCUAUAAGUAUCAUGCAUUAAGCAAAAAUGGGAGAGAAUGCUCCAAAUAUUAAUAUAGCCCAAGUUGCUAUAAAAUGCAAUAAUGGUAAAGAAAUACUUUACGGGCACCCCCGGCUAUGGGUGGCAGGGGCACCCCUGACUGGAGGUGGCAGGGGCAUAAUGGCAGAGACAGGGGUAGCACAGGAUAGGGAGAGGAGUAUAAUGGCAGGGAUAUGGGUAGUACAGGGUAGAGAAGGCUUAUAGUGUAAGAAGCAUGGGUAUCAAUAGGUAUGGACAAGGUUAUAGUGGCAGACGAAUGAUUGCCACUGGUUUGGGAGGGCUGUAGUGGCAGGGGCAAGAGUAAUGCAUGGUACUAAGCUUAUAGUGACAUGUAAGGACUUGGGUAUAGUGACAAGGGCAAACAUCUCUCAAGAGUGACUGAUGUUUAUUAUGGUGGGGGCAUUAGAGUGUAUCUGAUUAGGGAUAGGAAUAUAGUGUAUCAUUGAGUAGGGCCUGUAUUUUAGGUGAAGGGCAUACGAGUAUGUGUGUAGGGGGGGGGAAUAUAGUGACAAAGGGUAGGGAACUACUAAAUAGGAACUUAAGUAUACUCCUUGGUAAUAAGACUUUACAUAUGAGUACUGACAAACUAUAAUUGUGGGUACAGUUGUACAGGUCAGUAUUAAAGACUGUUGUAAGUAGUGACUUGCAUGUAAGAGCAGAUGGCUCCAGUUACAUUCUAUUGAUACCAGGGGGGGAAGCCCCUGUGUUCCUGUAAAGAUAGUGUCAGGAUCAAGUGCUGGGAAUGGUGGAGAUCUGUGCAAUCACGGGUGUGGUGUACUGAGAAGGGAAUCCCUUAAAAACGAAAUCAAAGACCUCUACACAAAUCUGCAUUUUGACCUGACUUUCUAUGUUGCAGGCAUGCAGGCCGUCAGUGUCUCCGUACCCAAUUCAGACCUGUCUUCUGCUUGAAACAGUAAGUAGGAAAGCUGUCUACCUUUCAGAAUGCGGUUUACUUUGAGCAGUUUAGCGUUUACAUAGUCCAUCAUAUAUUCUGCGAAACCUACCAGUAUUGCCAUUUUCAGGAGUUUUCAGUUUGUUUGUUUUUUUCUUCCUCAUUUUCCCUUGACCAUUGAAGACUGAGAUUACUACUUGCUUGUUACAUGCAAUUUACACUAGAGGUACAGUAACUUGGGCAAAUGGUUUAAUAAACUCUGCCUUAAAUUAGAACUGGAACUAAGUGAUCAUUACUCUUUCCCACACCCAGAUAAAUGGUAUUAGAGCAUUACUGAGCUAGGAAAGGAAGCGCAAAACACAACUGUGCAGCUGUAUCAUUACUGGAGUAAAGGUCUCCAAUUCUUUUCAUGCAUGCGCUCUGAACCAGUGUGGGUAUGUAGUGGUGCAUUGACAAUGGAGGGGGAAAAAAGCAUAGCUGGUAUAACGGAGAUAGCGUGCUCCGGGUGGGAAGAUUGAAGUUUCCUGUAGCAAGUGCACUCACAGCACUGCUUCAAGGUUAGGGUUAAAAUUAGCUUUUCUUGUAUUUGUAAUCUGCAGCUCUGAUUGUUCCUUUAUGAUCAACUAUAGAAUACACUAACAUUUUCCUCUUAUCAGUGCUGUGCCCAUGGGGACUUCAGCCCAGCAGGAGAUGGAUCGCUACUGGGCCAAAAACACACGUCUCAGUCGCCCGUUGUCUCCUCACAUUACAAUCUAUGGGUAAGUGGUUGAACUUUAUAUUCUUCAAUAAUUACCAACAUCGGUUGAUGGAAGUGCAGAAAUAAGCCUUUUGCUCUUUUAAGGUGACAUUAAACAUUAUCUUUUAUUUGAAAGGGGAGCUAUAAGUUGUUAUAAUUGUUAAUAUUUUCUAGUCUAUUUACUAAAGUGUGAAUGGCUGUGCAGCAAAUGGGGAAAAUAGAAAAUCUUUUUUGCUCUGUAUGGGGAACUUUGGGAAUCCUGGCCCUCUAUAUUAAUUAUCCAAUCUAUAUUGCUGCUAGUGUUGCCUCUCAAGAGAAAUUACAGGGUAAGUCUUAGCUGUCAGAGCAUUCUAACUCACAAUUCAAAGCAUGAAAAUGUCUUUAUAAAUGCUUUACCAACCUUGAAUGUUUUUAUCGGAGCCCUCCAUAGGCACAAAUGGAUUUUUUUUUUUUUUAAACUUUUUUUUAUUUUAUUUUUUUAUGGCCAAUAGAAUAGACCCAUCCCCUGAUUAUUUUAUAGCCAUCAGCUGCCACACAAGGGUGGAUAUGCUACCAACUAAAGCAUGACUUUCACAUACAUAAACCCCUUAUUGCCCCUUGUAGCCAUUCAUUUUGUCCCCCCACAUUGCUCCUUCAUGGCUCCCAUUUUGUGUCCACCCCCUAGAUUGUCAGAAACCAUACUUGCUUUCUUCGUGGUGGUGGCUGCUGUCGUCAUCUGUUCAGCUUCUAUAAGCUGCGAGUGUGUUUCAGCACUUGCUUUGAGUUUUAGAACUUUCACUGUUUUGCAGAAAUGUACCUCAGAUAAAAAAAACUGAGAGCUGAUCAGGGCCCCCAAAAGGGCGAUUUACGAAACCUGUGUCAACAUAUUCAAUUUGAGAAAACCACACGGGGUCCCUCGAAUACUAAUCCUUUGUUUAAGCACAAUUGUGGGAUAAUAUAAAAGGGACAGUCUAGCUGGGCCACAGACACUGCCAAUGCAGCCUUGCAAGUAAAAAUACUGCCAUUUCUGAGAAACAGGACUGUCUACAUUUUGUAAUGUGCAGGCCUGCUAGUGAGUCAAUGAAACAGCCCUCAGGUGGAAACAGAUUCUACUAUUGAAAUACAUCAGAAUACAAAGUAUAUCGAUGCCAUCCUUGAACAUGCUCUUAUAUUAGAUUGUUCAUAGAGCACUUUUACAUGAACUGCAGCUGAAUAUUCUUUAAUGGAUAGACUUAUAUAUAGUGAUAACGCAAUAUAACACAGCAGAAAGAUUGGUAUCCUCUCAAACAAACCAAAAACUAAACGAAUAUCUGUCAGAUGUAACAUAUCCAACAGACCCAAAAUGAAACAAAGUAUGGUGUCUUAAUAGCCAGGCAAACUGUGCGAGAUCCCUGUCCAAUGUAUUGGCAACUCCUGUUGACAGGGCUGGGUACCAGCUCAGAACCCACUGCUCUGUGUAUGGUGUGUGAAUGUAGACAUGGGAUGUAUGUCUUAAUCUCUACCUUCUACUCCUGUCUCUAUUGAUAUGAGGAGAAAAUAAAAUCUGUGUAUGGGGAAAAUAAUUCCAUAAACUUGGGCAUACAACAAUGAAGGAAAGAGAAAAUCUGUGUUUAAUUUUGAUGUCAGCAGAACCCCAACGUGGUGUUUUUGUUUUUUGCUUUACCGUUGUAUAUUGAUGGAUUGUAAGCUUGUUCUUCACAUCUGGGCUCCGUCGUUAUGUUGUACGUAAAUUCCACGUUGUCAGCUAGCCCCAUUCUAUAAUUAAGCACACCUGUUGGCUCUCUGUUACUACCAAUACUAAUCUAUUUAAAAAAAAAUUAUUUUGGACUAGAGCUGAAAAUAUGAUAUGCUCACAAAUAAUGUAACAAAUAUGACCCAUUUGUGUUUGCAAAAAUGCUAUGUUUUUGUCAUAACCUCUAAUAUGCUAUUGUGAUCUGUCUAGCCCUCUGGAAUGGCUUGGAGAGAUAAAGCUGAACAAACUAUACUAUAUUUAUAACGUUAUAGCUUCAAUCUUCUGUUCUCAAAACCAAGCUGAUGAUUUUUCAUGUUUGAUUCCAUUGUACAGCUCUAACGCUGGAAAUUCCUCUCCUUUUGCAGACACUGAGUGGGCAUUUGCUACCCAAGGAUAAAGAAAGCAUUCUUUUCAACCCCAACCCUCCCUCCUUUCUCUUCUCACUGCUCUGUGCUUUUUUUUUCCCCACUAGGCUUUUUCUGCCAAAAUCUGCCAUUCAACCACCCGCUCAAAUACCAGCUCCCCACGGCAGCAUGAAUAACUCUGCUAUCUAGGGAGCCGGGGUGAGAAGCGUGCACUCUGCAUCUCCCCCUCGGGCACAUUCCUGCCACAUUCUAUUGAAGCCCCUGCUCAGAAUGUGCUAACACGGCUUCACUGGGCACCGUCCGAAGCAGCUUGUGCCUGCUGUGCCACCCACCACUUUAUGUUGAUAGAAAAUGUUAUGUUUUAACCCAACUACCCCAAUCUUUUUUUGGUUUUCCUCAAUAAAGCCUGUUGAUUCAUAAUUAAUGAUCAAAUAAAAGUAAAAUGAUUACAUUAAAAUGUAACACUGCAAUACUGGCCAGAGUUAUUAAUAUGUUUCUGUAAAAUAUAUGUAGUUCACUAGUUGUUAUUUUCAACUUGUGUUUACCAGACUGACACAAAUGUCUGCUGCUACCUGGACACAGAGCCAAAUCUCAACUUUUUUUUUUUUUAAAUAUUAACAUGCACCUCAAUGACACAACUAGUCGUAACUCAAUACUUAUUCCUGUCUUAAAUUUCAUCAUUCAUUCCUGGGUUCAUAUUUGUUACAGUUUUCCUUUGCUUUUUGCUUGCUGCCUGUCCAGACACUGGGCUUAAACCUUUCACUUUAAGCCCAAUGUCAUAUACACACAUUGGCAUGUUCAAUGCAUGUGUAUAACUUUGGCAUGUAACUGUCUACUCUACUUCUAGCCCCCUAGAAGUUUAGCACCAUCCUACAGCACUUUAUCAAACUGUAUAAGUUCUAAAGCAUCAUAAUAAACCUGAAAUAUCUAUUCCGGUCUGUUAAAAUACUGUAUAUACAGUACUAACCGUGGGUUAAGAGAGAGAGACUUCAAGAAUUCAAAGUAUGGUCAAAGUUUCAGUUUAAACAUUUCUUGAAAAUUUCAAUUAAUUUAUAUAUUGCGGUAUGGAGGGCUAUAUUGAUUUUAUUUUUCCUUAUCAUAAAUAUUUUAAUAUUGUUCUAAAUGCCCUCUUCUAAUUACUUAUGUUCUCUGUUGCAGGUGGUCAUUACCAAUGAUGAUGUCUAUCACACACAGAGGCACCGGAGUAGGGCUGAGUCUUGGUGAGACUUUUUCUUAAACCUGGUAUUAGUUGACCUAUUGUGUAUAAUGGAACGAUUAGACCGAGUUUUACUCUUCCAGUUAUUGCUGUUAAUUUUGUUUAGCUUGGAUUCAGAAGUUUUCAUUAAAAACAAAAACAAAAUUGGGGGGCGGAGCCAGCUACGGAACAGAGUAGACGCACCUCAGAAGGCUCUGUGCCAUAACGGACAAAAUAACUGAUUUUCUUGGUGGAAAUUGGGCAGUUACCUACCCACUACCUACGCUGCACAUCGAAGACACCACGAUGGGCAGGAAAAACAAGAAACCCAGGGCAGACAAAGCUCCUGCUAGCCAUGACAUUGGCGAACUCCUGCGGAACUCUCAGAAAGCCGCAUGGGAGAAAAUGGCGCUGGGGGAAGAAGGAUUCUCGGACGACUGCCACACUUUCCACCACCACAAUCAGUGCAUAAACAAAUAAGUUUAUAAUGUUAUUUUGUUUAACUUAUGUUUCUCCGUUAAUUUUAUAAUAUCUUUUGUGUCAUACAAACCUAGCAACAUCAGAGUGGGUGGAUAUACACCCCCACUUAUAGCUCUUCAUAAACUCAUAUGGUAUAUACGCCAGGGACAUAGACCCUCAAACUUUGCGGUCACACGCCUGAGAUGUCCUGCCUUAGGCUGGCUCAAUUAUCUCCCUCCUCACCCCCUCGCACCCACGAUAGAGUUAACACCGAAAGUUUAACCCAGGAGGGGUUGGCGCCCCUUGGGGCACAUAAGGCCAAUGGCAUAAAAAUUCUCCCGUAUCGAGAUUAACAGAUGUGCCCCAGAGGGAUACUAUCGUUGUAGUUCACCAGUUGUACGGUCUUGUUGCUAAAACAAAAACCCUCACUCUGCAUAUUAUCAUACCUAAGCCACUGUGUACACUGUACUAACUGUUUGCUUAAAUGAUAGGGCGGUAGCCCACUUGUUGUAUUACUUGCAUGCAGAGUGAACAAAUAAAGAAUUACAAAAAAAAAACAAUUCUAGACCUGAUAUUAAACCAACAACCGAAAAUUAGAUCAGAGUUAUUUUAAACACAUCCAUAAUUGGUAUAUGGUGUAAUAAUUUAUUCAUGAACCUUCAGUUUCCAUAUAUUUAAUAUUGCCCUGCCCCGUGCAUAGUGUGUUCAGGUAUAUAUGUUAGUUCUGAUUUAAGGAGUUUUGUUUUAUUCUUGACAAAAUAUUGCCUUCUCUGGAAUUUUUUAAUUUGAAGGGACACUCUAAGCAUUUAAACCAUUAUGUAUUUGGGUUAUUAUUAUAAAGGAAUUAUAGUUGUGUUGAGACGGAAUAAAUAUAUACUUCCCUGUCUAAUGAUUCUUUCUUGACUUCUUACCCCAGGUGUGUCUUUGUUUGGGUUAGCUGCUUUAGCUCUUCCUGGAGACUUUGCCUCAUACCUGGAACUGAUUAAGUCCCUAAGUCUGGGGCCAGCUCUGAUCUACUCAGCUAAAUUCGCCUUGGCGUUCCCUAUUACGUAUCACACCUGGAAUGGGAUAAGACAUUUGGUGAGUACAUUCUGUGUGAAAUUUGGGAGCAUGACCAAUUCCAAUGUGCUGGUGGUUCCACAAGGUCCAUGUGAUUAUGACCAUCAUUUCUGUUUGUUUCCUUGCAGAUUUGGGACUUGGGCAAAUGUUUGAAGAUCCCCCAGGUGCAUCAGUCUGGAAUCAUUGUACUGGCUCUAACCCUCCUCUCCUCUGCCAGUAUUGCCGCCAUAUGAUUGAACACCUCCGGUGAUAACACAACACCCAUCAUUAAAUUCACAAAUUAAUUUUACAUAUCGGCAACUUUUUCUUAAAUUGCCUCUCCAGGCACUUAUUUCAAUUGAACAAAACUUUAAAAAUACAUAUAUACAUUUUUAUUUAUUUUUUUUAAUUUUUUUUUUUUACUUCCGUUUAUGGAGUGAGUUGGAUGGUUUAUUCCCCACUUUCAAUAACUCCAGUGUAGACAAUCUAAAAGGCUGAAUCCUCCUCACAAUGUUUUCUAGUAUAAGGCUAACUGAUGCUUUCACUCCUGCAGUGUAAAGUGCAAAGUUAGACACAAAGUAUUUUCGGCUCAAAAGGUGAACCGAAUCCUGUUCUUGUUAGUAUCAUCGACCUUGAAAGUGUGUCUGUUGGAAAGCAGGUAGAAUUUGGACUCUACAGAAAGGAUUUGUUAAAAUCACCUGCUACACUCUAACUUUACAAACUUUCCAGCAAAGCUACUGAUACAACUGUACCAGUUACCAAAAGGAAAUUUCUUGUUAGAUGUUCCCCAUAUUGUCAGUAUGUGAAACUCGGACCUCUAUUUACACACAUAAUGCAGUUUUCAAAGGGACAUACUUCGAUUUGUCUUUGUUUUAAUAGUCUAGGUUAGAAAAUGACAGGGUUUCCUUGUGUUUCCCUUCUGAAAAGGGAAUCUAGAAUAUUGGGAGACAUUUCUCUCGCUCUUCACGUGAAACGUUUGGAGAAGAGGGGGUUAACUUUUGAUACAAAAUCCAAGUGUCCUAGUAACAUUUAAUGUGUCAUUGCUACUGGCUAAAAUUGCAGCCUUUUCAAAUGAUUUGCCAUCUUAUCUUCUAAAACUUGGUUUUGGUCAGAUGAGGGAUCGCAGAUAGGACAAGGAACUUUUUUUAUUUGCCCUCCCCCUAUUGUAGAGAGUUUCUGUUUUUUGCAAUGAGGGACAACUAGUUCUUUGUCCAGACUAUAAAGUGGGAAGUAUAUUUAAAUUCCAGCAAGAUCUGUGUGGGGAAUGUGGAAAGGGCAGAUAAAAUGCUCUAUUAUAGAUUUAGAUGCUAAAAUCUGGUUUGGGAUGCAACGAUGAUUCAUUGUAAGAGUUGUCUUUAAAAUAGUCUUAAGAACCACAGAUGGUGUUUAGCUUUAGUGAUAUCCCUGUAGGAGCAAGAUUGAGAACCCUUCCUACUCCUGGAUCACUAGUGGUUCUUGGACUGGAUUGAGAUGCCCAGUCUUUGAACAUAGGCUUGAUCAUUAGGGGGAAUCCCUUUCAUUCUACUGACCAGACCUAUAUAGCCUUAAAGGUGCUUUAUUACUGUGCUGCUGUGAAUGAUAUGAUCUGUAUCCUGUCUGGUCACAAAUUGAAAAAGUUAAAGUGACACUGUAGCUUAAUGAAACCGUUUUGGUGUAUAGAUCAUGCCCCUGCAGUUCCACUGCUCAAUUCUCUGCCAUUUAUUAGAUUAAUCACUUUGUUCAUGAACCCUAGUCACACCUCCCUGCAUGUCACUUACACAGCCUUCAUAAAAACUUCCUGUAAAGAAUUAUCUAAUGUUUAUCCUUCCUUUAUUGCAAGUUCUAUUUAAUUUAGUUCUAUUUUAAUUUUCUUAUCCCCUGCUGUGUUAAUAGCUUGCAAGAGCCUCCUGUGUGUGAUUAAAGUUCAAUUUACAGAGCAAGAGAUAAAAUUGUUUAAGGUAAAUUACAUGAAAUUGGUUUUGAAAGUGAAACCAGUUUUUUUUGUUUUGUUUUUUUUUCAUGCAGGCUGUGUCAUUUAGAGCCAAGGGAGGGGUGGCAAUGGCUGCAUAAACAAACCAAGUGAUUUAACUCCUAAAAUGUAGUGAAACCCGAGAGACAUGAUCUAUACACUAAAACUGCUUCAUUAAGCUAAAGUUGUUUAGGUGACUAUAGUGUCCCUUAAACUCUUUCCAUGACACAGUGUGCGUUCAACAUCCUCCUCUACUCGAUCUUAUCAGUUGAUUGAUGACAAACAUGAAUUUUGUUUUUGGUUGCAAUCCUUAGAUUAUUGUGCUUGGAAAGCCAUCUAUUUUAGUGGUCUAACACUUAUUGUCUUGUCCAAAGGGAAUCCCCUAAAAUUAUAGUGUCUCUGUAUACUUGAGAAGGGAACAUUUGCAUUCAAAGUGUUUUGGGCCAAUCAGGGACCUUGGCUCUCGCUCCAUAAACAUUCUGUUGUGCUUAUAUGGUUAUUUUAGAACAGGUAAUUGAUACAUGCCGUCCUCCACUUUUAAUGGAAAGUCACUCGACACAACACACCUGUAACUAUUCUGUGAUCAGUAUGGUGUAAUGCAAUUAGUUCUACUUGCGUGACACAUUAUCAGGUCGGGUUAACGUUUUAUUUAUUUUUCCCCUUCAACAUUGAUUAGAAAAGUUCUAAUUGUUUAAAACCACAUUUUUCUGUAAAACACAAAAAUAUAUUCUUUAAUAAAAAAGAGAAAUGUUUUUUUUUUGCUUCCUUUGUUUAAAAUUUUUUGCUUUGCUCGUGAUUUAAGAGAAAAGGUUUGUUGUUUUUUGUAAAAUCCAUAAGAAGUCAUUGUGUGCAAGAGGAAUGUGAAACAUACACUGUUUUUCUCCCACUGUUUGUUCCACAGUGUUUUUUUUUUUUUUUUUUAAGUGAUAGUGUGCAGAAUGACAGCUGAUCGGUAUUAGGCCAGCCUUUUCUUCUUUAAGAACUGUAAUUGCAUGUUUUAUGUGCAGGGUAAUGGUUAUGUACUCUCCAGCUGUAAAUACCCCUGACUCAUUUAAAUAUGUCAUGUGUGUUAAAACCAAAUCUCCCCUAGUUACAGAGAUGGCUUCUUUACACACUGAACAAGAAGAGUUUAUUUG